GUGUCUUAUCCCCCCCUUAUCCUUGCAGGGCUGAAGCCAGGCACAGGCAGAGCAGAGCUGGUGGCCUUGCAGGCUGUCACUGAAGGAGGGGACAGUGUGGCCUGGGACAUGGACACCAUCAUCAGGAGAUGGCCCCUAGCUGGUCCUGCCCCUCAGGGCAGCAUCUCCCUCCACAGCCCCCUUGCCUGAGCCUCCUGCCCUGGCUCCUCUCGGCCCACGGGUGUCAGGGUGGGAUCCUCCUCCUGCUGGGUGCUGGGUGCUGCACCCGAGCUGCCUGCGGGCCCAGACUUUUUGAGGCAGCUGUCCCCAUGCUGCUGUGAAGCUGAUGAAGGAAGAGCAGCAGGCAUGUGGUGUGACAUGUCCCUCCUGCAGUCCUGACCGGUGCCACCUCCACCAGUGCCGGGCUGCAGCUCCCGGAGCAGGUCCCAAAGGUCUUGGCACCAUGAAGCCCAAGGAGCCCCUAGGACAGCUGUGACAGGGAGUGCUGGGGACCACCAAGCAACCCAGCCCUUCCUUCCCCCCCUGGAGCCUGGGAUGCACCGAGGGAGCUCCCUCCAAGAGCACAGGGGCUGCAGGUUUUCCAAAGGAUGCAUGAAUGGGAGAUGGAGGAGUCUGGAGGCUCGGGGUGGUGGGCAGGCACCUGGCAGGAGCCAAGGGUGGGCAGCAGAGCCCCCAGCGUGGCUUUGGUGAGAAUCCUGCAGCCCUGGUAUUUCUCUAGCCAGGAUCUGGGAGAUGUGCUCAGGCACAGCUGAGAAGGGAAGAGGCCCAGAACGGUGGUGGGGAUGACUCCUAAGAAACUUGGGAAUUUGGAGCCAGAGGGGAUCAGUUCCCCCCUGCAGCUGUGCAGGGCACGGAGAAGGAGCCCUCCCUCCCUCGGGUUCUCUGGGGCCAGACAAAGCCUGGUUUCCAGAGAAGCCCACCUACCCUCUCGUUAGCAGAGUCAUGUGGCUGCAGCACUUAAUUAACAGCAAGCUGAUAUAAAUCCCAGGGAGCAAUGUGGGGAGGAGGAGGACAUCGAGGCAGAGCGGUGGCAGCGCCCUGCGGGCUCGGUGGAGCAGUGAUUCCCCUCCCUGCCCGGAGAGUUUGUCCCCAGGACCAUGCUGAGGGUGCUGCUGCUGUGCUGCGGGCUGCUGCAGGGCAUCCAGACCAUCCUGGGCACCCAGCUGAGCCAGGGGCACCUGCAGAAGGGGAUGGAGGGGGUGGGCAGAGCCCACUACCCCAGCCUGCUGCCCAGAGCCAAGGAGGUGUCUGCAGAGCCAGCGGGAGCUCUCCCCAGGCUGGGCUUGGAGCAGAUGGCCCUGGAGGUCCAAGAAGCUGACGGUGACCUCGUGGAGAGAGGCAGCGUGCUGGAACCCCAGCCCCUCUCCCCAGCUCUCCAACCCUCAGACCGCCCGGAGCGCUCUCCCCGCCGCUGUGUCCGUCUCCUCGAGUCCUGCCUGGGCCACCAAGUCCCGUGCUGUGACCCGUGUGCCACCUGCUACUGCCGCUUCUUCAACGCCUUUUGCUACUGCAGGAAAAUCAGCAACACUUUGCCCUGCGGCAAGAAUUAGUGCUGCGGGGGGGGCUGCCCGCCCCUCAGCCCCUGC